CGGCGGGCAGCCAGCCCUCCUUCCGAUGGCUCUUCCCAGGAAGCAGCUGCUGCCCGUCCUGGUCCUGGUCCUGGCCUCCUACUACUACUCAGCUCGCGAUGAGUUCAGGCCAGAGAUGCUUCGAGGGAAGCGUGUCAUCGUCACCGGGGCCAGCAAGGGCAUCGGGGAGGAAGUGGCCUACCACCUAGCCCGCAUGGGCGCACACAUGGUGCUGACAGCGCGUUCCGAGGGCACACUGCGGAAGGUGGCGUCCCGCUGCCUGGAGCUGGGUGCAGCUUCUGCCCACUCGGUGCCCGGCUCCAUGGAGGACACGGCCUUCGCGGAGAACUUCGUGGACACAGCUGCCCGGCUCCUGGGCGGGCUGGACAUGCUUAUCCUCAACCACAUCAUGGCCAUGAGCCUCGAGCUGUUUGGGGCCGACGUGCUGGGUAUGCGCAGGGCCCUGGAGGUGAACUUCCUGAGCUACGUGGUCCUGAGCGUGGCCGCCCAGCCCCUGCUGAGGCCCAGCAACGGCAGUGUGGUGGUGGUGUCCUCUCUGGCCGGGAAGGUCCCCACCCCGCUCCUCGCCCCCUACGCGGCCAGCAAGUUCGCUCUGGACGGCUUCUUCUCCUCCAUCAGGCUGGAGAACCAGAUGACGGGCGUGAACGUAUCCAUCACACUCUGCAUCCUCGGCCUCAUCGACACGGACACCGCCAUGGAAGCGGUGGCCGGCAUCAUGAGCGCCGAGGCGGCGCCCAAGCAGGAGUGCGCCCUGGAGAUCAUCAAGGCGGGCGCACUGCGCAGGGAGGAGAUGUUCUACGGGAGGCCCGGCUGGGUCCAGCUGCUGCUGCUCAACCCCGGCAGGAGGGUGCUCGAGCUGUUCUCGCUGCAGCGCUACAACCUCGACAACCUCCCCAGGCCCGAGGCCCGGCCCUAG